AAAAGUGGAGUGCAGAAGUAGAGCUCCUGGGAGUCAUCUGUCUAAGCUUCCAUGGAACCCCACGCGGAUGACGAGAUUAUUCCCAUGGAGACGGCUGGGGAAGAAGAAGUUCCUCGUGAAGAACCUCCCAAAAUCCUCCGACUCGACAACUCCGUCGUCAAUCGUAUCGCUGCCGGAGAGGUCAUUCAAAGGCCAGUGUCCGCCAUUAAAGAACUCGUCGAAAACAGCCUCGACGCCCAAUCUACCUCCGUUAACGUCGUUGUCAAAGACGGUGGUCUCAAACUCAUCCAAGUUUCUGACGACGGCCACGGCAUCCGUUAUGAAGAUUUGCCGAUUUUGUGCGAGAGGCACACGACGUCCAAGCUGUCAAAAUUUGAGGAUUUACAGUCCAUAAGGUCGAUGGGAUUCCGAGGAGAGGCGCUGGCGAGCAUGACCUAUGUAGGUCAUGUUACGGUCACCACCAUUACUAAAGGACAACUUCACGGUUACAGAGUAUCCUAUAGAGAUGGAGUGAUGGAGCAUGAGCCUAAGCCAUGUGCUGCUGUAAAAGGAACUCAAAUAACGGUUGAGAAUCUGUUCUAUAACAUGAGUGCUAGGAGGAAGACACUACAAAAUGUGUCUGAUGAUUACACAAAGAUUGUGGAUCUCCUAAGUCGAUUUGCCAUUCAUCAUAUAAACAUCAGCUUUUCUUGCAGAAAGCAUGGAGCUGCUAGAGCAGACGUUCACUCAGUUGGGUCAACUUCAAGGUUGGAUGCCAUUCGUACAGUUUACGGUGCAUCAGUUGCUCGCAAUCUAAUGAAAAUAGAAGUUUCAGAAAAUGACAAAGCCUGUUCAGAUUUCAAAAUGGAUGGUCUAAUCUCGAACUCGAAUUAUAUUGCGAAGAAGAUCACAAUGGUGCUCUUUAUUAAUGAAAGAAUGGUAGACUGUAGUGCUUUAAAAAGAGCUAUUGAAAUUGUUUAUGCUGCAACCUUGCCCAAAGCAUCCAAACCUUUCAUAUAUAUGUCAAUUAUAUUGCCACCUGAGCAUGUUGAUGUGAAUGUUCAUCCAACCAAAAAAGAGGUAAGCCUCCUGAACCAGGAAGUUAUUAUUGAGAGGAUACAGUCAGCUGUGGAAUCAAAAUUGAGAAGUUCUAAUGACACGAGGACAUUUCAAGAACAGGAUGUAGAAUCUUCUGCGGCUAGUCAAAUGGUUAUUAGCAGUGACUAUACUCAGAAUUCCUCGCAGUCUGGUACAGAAGGUUCAAAGUCACAGAAGAUUCCAGUGCAAAAAAUGGUUAGGACAGAUUCAACAGAUCCAGCUGGAAGGUUGCACGCAUAUGUGCAAAUGAAGCCUCCUGGCCUCCCUGAAUCUAGCUUGAAUACUGUGAGGUCUUUUGUUAGAAUGCGAAGGAAUCCAAAGGAAGCUGCUAAUCUUACUAGCGUUCAAGAUCUUGUUGCAGAAAUUGAUCAGAAUUGUCAUGCUGGUCUCCUUAACACUGUAAGACAUUGUGUAUAUAUUGGAAUGGCAGAUGACGUCUUCGCUUUGCUUCAGCAUGAUACUCAUCUUUAUCUAGCAGAUGUUGUGAGCUUGAGCAAAGAACUCAUGUAUCAGCAAGUGUUAUGUCGAUUUGCACAUUUUAAUGCAAUACAAUUGAGCAACCCGGCCCCUCUGUACGAGUUAAUUAGUUUGGCACUGAGGGAGGAAGAUGUGAAUUCAGAGUCUAAUGAGAAUGAUGAUUUUAAUAAGAAGGUAGCUGAGACGAGUACAAAACUGCUCAAGUUGAAAGCUGAAAUGCUCGAGGAAUUUUUCUGCAUACAUAUUGACAUAAAUGGAAAUUUGGCUAGACUACCAGUCGUACUUGACCAAUACACACCUGAUAUGGACCGUGUUCCUGAAUUUGUACUUUCUUUGGCUAAUGAUAUUGAUUGGGAAGAUGAGAAAAAUUGUAUCCAGUCGAUUUCAGCUGCCAUUGGGAACUUCUAUGCCAUGCAUCCUCCCUUGCUGCCAAAUCCAUCGGGUGAUGGCUUGCAGUUCUACAAAAGGAUAAAAUCAUCCGGUAAUCCUGAAGAUGAAAAUAUAGGUGAUGAUACGAUGACAAUGGAGAAUGAAAUCGACCACGGUCUACUAUCGGAGGCAGAAACCAUAUGGGCUCAACGUGAAUGGUCAAUACAGCAUGUACUCAUCCCAUCAAUGAAACUUUUCUUCAAGCCUCCACAUUCUCUCGCUGAAAAUGGAUCUUUCAUUCGGGUUGCAUCAUUAGAGAAACUUUACAAGAUCUUUGAGAGAUGUUGAGGCAACAUUGUCAUUCAUCUGAGGCCGCUUCUUGAAACAGGGUUGGCUUAUUUCAUUUUGUACCUGCGACCUGUUUUCUUUUUUUUCUUUUCUUUUUCCUUUUUUUUUCCAGUAAUUUGUAUAAUUUUGCAUGUCUACUAACAGCUUUUGAUGUUCAUGUAAAUUCUGAAGUACCUAUAAAUCAUCAUUUUUGGGUGAGUUUAUUGUGCCCAAAAUUUAAAAA